AUGUCAGUUAUCACAGCAGAAGUUUUAAAUACUAUUUUUGACCAAAAAUUAGAGCCAUUAAAUAAGAAAAUUGAUGAGGCAAUCAGUUCAAUGUCGUUCAUAAAUGAAAAAUAUGAACAAAUAUUAGUCAAGUUGUCGAAGUUUGAAGAAGAAAAGAAGUCUCUUGUUAAUGAAAAUAAAGCUCUGAAUAAUGAACUUCAAAGAGCUACAAACAAAUUGCAAGAAAUAAUGAAAUCGCAAGACGAUAUGGAGCAAUAUAUCAGACGUGAAUGUCUCGAAAUCCGUGGGAUACCAUGCUUGAAUGAUCAGGAAAAUACUAAUAGUAUUAUAAAGGACAUUGCAAAGGCGAUCGAUGUUGAUAUUACGGAUAUAGAUAUAUCCACAAGUCAUCGGCUGAAAUCCAACGUUUCUUAUAAAGGGAAAAGCAAGAAUUCACCACCAAUUAUUGUGAAAUUUACACGGCGUGAGACGAAAGAGAAAUUAUAUAAAGCUCGUAAGAAGCUUAAUAGAUUAACCACAAAAGAUCUUGGAUAUGUAAUCGAGCAGAAAUAUAAAUUCAUUUGGACGUACAAUGGGAAUAUAUAUUUACGAAGAAAUGAAAUAGUCCUGUCAUCAACAUUAAAAAUCAGCGUGACAUUCAGCAUUUGAGGGAGUGAUAUUUACCAGUGAAUUGUUGUGCUAUUAUCUAUUAUUUAUUAGAUAAGUGUUUAUUUAAUUGAAUAUUGAGGUAAUGUCUGCUAGCAUGGAAAGUAGAAUCGAGCAAUAUAGCUUGUUGCCUGGUUUUGUAUCUAGCUCUGUAGCUACAAAUGCUUCUCAUUUGACAAACUCAGAUAUUGAUUGCCACAUGUUGCAUGAUGUCAAUUUUAAUUAUUAUGGCGUUGAUGAGUUCCGCAAUAAUGUUAACAGGGAACUAAGUAAUAUUCAUGUUUGGCUUUGUGUAAAUAAGUUGUCUCUCAACAUAGAAAAAUCUAAUUUCAUUUUAUUUCAUCCAGUCCAAAAGAAAAUAACAUGUGCCAUCAAAUUGAAGAUUAAUGGUAUUGAAUUAAAAAGAGUGCAGAGUAUGAGGUAUCUUGGAGUUUAUAUUGAUUCUCAUUUGAAUUGGAAAUCCCAUAUUGAUUAUAUCGCAAAAAAACUGAAAAGAAGUAUCGGUCUACUCUCUAAAAUUCGUUAUUUUACCAACCUGAAUACCUUGAUAAAGUUAUAUUAUGCUCUAAUUCACCCUUUUCUCAUUUAUGGUAUAAUAUCUUGGAGUAUGACAUAUCCUACAUCAUUGCGACCUUUAUUUAUUUUACAGAAAAAGGCUUUGUGUAUAAUUAACUUUUCUAAAUUUGAUGCUCAUUCCACACCAAUAUUUAAAUCUCUAAAAAUAAUUAAAUUACAUGAUCUUUUCACUCUACAUGCCACGAUGUUUAUGCAUGAUUAUUAUCACGAGGAAUUACCACCUAUCUUUAAUAAUCUUUUCACUCCAGUCAAAGAAUUACAUACUUAUAAUACGAGGUUAGCAUCAAGGCAGUCGUAUUCUUUGCCAAAAACAAGAACUAAUUAUGGAAUUUUUAAUAUUAGAUACCAGGGUGUUAAGAUAUGGAAUUCCCUUGAUGAGGCCGAUAAAAAAUUGUCAGUUUUUAAUCUAAAAAGCAAACUUAAGGAAAUGUUUUUUUAUUCAUAUUAGCUUAUUGCUCUGUUCAUUUAUGUAUCGAAUUGUUGAAUUGCUUUCAUUAUUUUUAAUUAUUGAUUUUGCUAAAACAUUCUAAAUUUUAAUAAUAAUUUCAUAAUUAUAUGGUGUUUUGCUUCUCUCUGUGGUUCUGCUAAAUUGAGUAAAAUAUUUAUGUAAAUUGACUACUUUAUAUAUUAAGCUUCGUUAUAUCUGUUUGUCAAGCGUUGUGUGUAAAACGUCUGCCUGAUUCAUCUAGCCCCUUAAUGGUUAUUUCGGGCAGACGGAACCCAUGUCAUGUCAAAAAAUUAAUGUAAUGUAAAACUAAUGUAAUAAGUGGGUUCAAAUAAAAUGUCUUGUCUUGUCUUGUCAAAGAUUUGUUGGCUCUUAAGAGAGCCGGUUGGUUUGCAAAGGUUCAGGGUUUUUCACAAACGUGCCUAAACCUUCGCCUUUCCUUGGGUGCACACCUUGGCCACCACUCCAUCUGGGAAGUGAGCGGCCGGAAGCAGCGAAAGCAUAUCUCCGUAUAAUCUCCUUUCCACCGUGUUCGGCACAUUGGGCACGAUGGGUCCUGCCGACUUUCCUUCUUGACGUCCUCCCACUUCUCCCAGCAUUUUAAAUGGAUAAUUUGCGAACAACAGGGCAUGUUGAACGCGUACUUUUCGGCGUUGCCGACUUCUUCCAAACAGAUGAAGCACCCCACGGUCGUUGUCGUUUGCGCCCUUGUGGCCCUUCCGCACCAUCCGCCUCUUCGCCCUUGUGGCCCUUCCACGCCAUCCGCCUCUUAAGGUUUUACAUCAAGCAAAACCGAAGCUGCGUAAAGCAAUGUUAAAACAUUUAGAGCCAAGUUGCAUUAAGGCAAUCUGUGAUUGUGUAUUGAAUAUUUUAAAGAGUGUAGUUAAAAUGUCGCCAGUUCAAAAGAGGAAGCUAGCUAGGCACAAAGAUCAUUUAAGGGUGCUUGUCAAGAAAGGUACACCAUUGAAGAAGCGACGGCAAACGAUUGUCCAAAAAGGGGAAGGCUUUCUUACUUUAGUGUUGGGACCUGUUUUAAAAGAACUAGCGUUGCUCCUAUAAUAGAGACAUGAAGCAUUCGAAAAAAAUUAUUCUGAUCAGUGGCGUAGCCAGCCCGACUAUUUACUCCUGCUAUGCAAAUAUUUCUGUGUUCAUAGACUGUAAAAACAAUGAAUUUCUAAAGAAAUGAAUAAUGAUAAUGCUUUGAAAUUUACAUAGCAGGAGGAAAUUUUCAGGCUGGCUACGCUACUGAUUCUGAUACCGGAAAAUAAUUUGGAUAAUUACUUACGUCAGCAACGCUUAACGACUCCACCGCUGUCGCAAAAAUGGCGCAAUUCGAUAGUGAAAUGAAAGCUAUUUUUGACAAAAAUGACACUUCCCAACAUGAAAAAGCAAAGCUCUACAGUCAAAUAUUAGAGAACUAUCUUCAUUUCAAAAGGAAACGAAAUGUCGAGGUCACAAAACCAGUACCUAUAGCAUUUGCGGGGGAUGUGGAAAAAAUGCAGCGGCAAGUGUUCCCAGUACACUGGAGGUGA